AUCCGCUAAAAUACAUCUGGCGGGCUUUGCAGUCCAUGAGGGAAACAGCUCGCUACGUUCUUUCUGGGGGAGUUUACUCAUUGACUUACCUCAGCCCGGUCCGCUAGGUACAUAUGGCGGGGGCGGGCUCAGUCUGCUGAGGAGAACAGGUCAUACGUGCUUUCUAGGACGAGGCUGAAGUUGGUUUCUUCAGCUACUUAUUCGCUGAAAUGUAUUAAGAGAACUUUGCUGCUGCCAAUGUUUUGCUGAACCUGUCAUUUACAGACCUAGGAGUGCUGCGCUUUUUCUACAUAUAUACUACGAGGACUGUGGUUGAGUCUGGGGCGCUGGCACCCACUACAAAAUUGGCUAAAAACAAUAUACGUCUUCUGGAAGGAAUCCUCACAGCGGUCUGAACUAUAUGGAAUAGAAGAUAAAAGAGGACGAGACUGAUGAGAGAACAUAUUGCCUUAAAGGACAUCAGAAACCGAUGGAAAUCUGCGAGCGACUAUUUUGUUAAGGGUAUCAAGAAAGCAGAAAAAAGUGGGUCAGCUGGUGGCAAAAGGAAAAAAAUACCCUAUGAGGACCAACUUCAAUGUUUACGUCCUAACAGAGUUCUCAGACCAACUUCAGGCAACUUUCAGGCACCAUCCAAUACACAACAAGAUGCAGAUGAAGAGCCAAGGUCUGAGCCAGUGUGUUCAGACACACCUUUGGAAUCUGAAGCACCAGGCCCAUCCAAUCCAUUGGAAUAUUUUGACCAACAUCUGGAUGUAGAGGAGGAUGUGUCUAACCUUAGCAGUGAUCUUCCUCCCAGCAGCACACCUACACCAGCUGCUGGUGAGAUUGAAGAGAUGGAAGAAGCAACAAACAUACCUUCUUCACAAACAACGACCAGACCACCCACUGCUCGAAGGACCCGUAGAUCCCUCCGAAUAACUGAUAGUCAGCUUGAGGUUGAAAGUCAAGCUCUAUCAUUUAUUCGGAGGGUUGACAGCAGUGAUGACAGUUCUUAUUUUGGUUAUGAAAUGGCAUCUUGCUGUCGUAAAGAGCCUCUUGACCGCCAAAACCAUUUUAAAGCAUACUAUCAUGCUGUUGCGCAAGUCUUUCUUUCCCAAAGGCCUUGCCUCCAUUAGAGGAUAUAAUAAAAAAUUUGCACAUCAUAGCUGGACACAGGGCCCCCAGCCCUCCACCACCUGCACACAAUAUUUCCUCACAAACCGAGGGUUUUUAUGUGGGUACUUAACCCCUUAACGACGCAGGACGUAUAUUUACGUCCUGCGCCGGCUCCCGCGAUAUGAAGCGGGAUCGUGCCGCAAUACCGCAUCAUAUUGCGGCGGUCCCGGCGCUCAUCAACGGCCGGGACCCGCGGCUAAUACCACACAUCGCCGAUCGCGGCGAUGUGCGGUAUUAACCCUUUAGAA